AAAGUAGCUAAAAUUGUGAUAGAUAUUGUAACGUUGCAAACAGACUGUAAAGUCCAGCCGUCAGUUUUUUUAUGCUGCCUUUAGUUUGUGGAACUAUACUGUUUUGCGGAGUAAUAAAAAUAAACGCAAAGUUAUUUCAGUGUUUUGAGAUUUAAAAAAUGUUGGUACAAAAUCGUCAAUUAACUAGUUAAUUCUGAAUAUGUAAAUAAUAAAUUCUAUUAUGAAAUUAUAAUUGCCUUUAAAUAUAGGGUGAUGUAAACUAGUCAGUUUAUCCGUUUUUUUAACUUAAUAUUAUAUCACUGCUUACAAAACAAAAAACACGUGGUAUCUUCAGCGGCGUUUACGUAACCGGAAGUGUGAGUUUAUCUAAACAAGAGCACGCCUCGCCCUGGGAGGGGGCUCGAAACGCCCGAGUGCACGGGAGUGAGACAGAGAGACAGCCGCAGCCACAGGAAGCAUGCUGCGAGCUCUGGGCCAGGUCCUGUUCUCCUCUGGCUUACAGAGCCCCAGGUUCACCACAGAGGAGGGACAGGGACAAGACUAUGAGGUUCGCACCUACCAGGCCACGAAGUGGGUGAGCACCUCUAUGACGGGGAUGCAGUGGGAUGUAGCCACCAGAACCGGCUUCCAUCGCCUCUUUGACUACAUUCAAGGCAACAAUCAGAGCAAGGUCAAGGUGGAGAUGACAGUCCCGGUGUCGUGCCGGGUGAACCCCGGAGCCGGCCCGGCGUGUGAGAGCACGUUCACCCUGUCCUUCUACAUCCCAGAGGAGCACCAGGCCAACCCGCCACAGCCCAGCGACCCGCAGGUCUUCAUAGAAGACAGGCAGCAGCUCACUGUCUACGUCAGAACGUACGGGGGAUUUGCCAACGAGCAGAUGAAGCUCGAGGAGUGCCAGAAACUGGUGGCAAGCCUGCAGAGAGACGGCGCUCCCUUCAGAGAGCAGCCGUACUACACGGCCGGCUACGACAGCCCCAUGAAACUCAGCAACCGCAGGAACGAGAUCUGGAUCCUCAAGAAGACCGAGCACCACUGAUGAGUUUAAAGGUCUGGAAAAGCCCUGCAGCAUGAGGACAACAGUUGUAUUUGAAGAUAUUUCAAACUAUAAUGUGUGCCUUCCUUAUUUGAAACAAGAAAUGGUCACAGAGGUCACAAGCAUGACCUCUGUAGUAUGAGGCAGUGUUCACUUCUCUCCACACACAGCUUUGACUUUUAACUUGGAUGAAUUCAGUUUUCACAGUUGUGCUAACAAACCUCUUGUUCUAAUAUUUAACAAAAUCAUUUUUGAUUAUUGCACAAUUUGUAAUAAUCAAAAGAUUUCUCUUUUUCAUGCUGGUUUUGGUUUGAAAUAUUGACAGUCCCCUCACUAAAUUGACAAAAUUACAUCUGUCUGAGAAGUCAUCAGAUAGAAAUCACUGUGCCCUUAUAUUUUGGUAAUAAAUCCUAGGGAAAACCUUGCAGCAGUGGAAUAGUACAAUAUAUUGAAAUUCCACUAGUUGGAGCUCAGGAGUCAUGACACAGUAUUGGGGGAUUAAACCUCAGAGUUUCAGUUGCCAUAUUACAGGUGGACUUUGAUACGGAGGAGUUUUUCAGGACCAGACCACAAGUGCUUGUCCAGUGUGUGCUGCAGUUUCAAAAUGAUAUUCAGUUUUUACAGUCUGCCACCACACAGAUAUGAAAGUACAUGUGCGCUGAAUCCUCCAGAGCCGUCAUGAGCUGUCUGACAGGACACAGAACAGUACAUCUGAUGAUACAUCUGUACCUGUCACAGCCAUGUCACUCAAGUCAGGUGACAUCCACCAUCCCACUGUCAUCACACGACUCUGUGAUUCAUUCACCUGAUCAUCAGUCACCUAUGAAUGAAAAAUGCCAAUAAUAGAUGGUGUGAGUCAUUUUACCAUAAUGCCUUCAUCAGGGACCGACAGACUGAUCCAGACAAAUGUGUGUUUGAAUCCGUGUCUUACAGGUUUUGAAUGUUCAGCAGGGCUCUGCUGGUCUAUGAAGUUGUAUGACAUCCUCCCCGGCAAUGUCGUGCAUGACUCUUUUCCAGGAGUUGGUUUUGUGACAGAAAUGUGUUACUAUUUUGAAUGCAUGCUGUUUUGAGGAGCAGAAGUUUUUAUUUUUGUGACCCCAGCAAACAAGCCGGAAGUACCUAUUUCAACACUUCAGGAGGCCAGAACCUUGCCCAGGGGACACUUUAAGUAAAAAAAUCUCUUUUAAUGCACUACACUGCCGGGCAGGAUUUCAUACAACUUCUAUGAAGUUGUAUGAGUUCUAAUCUCACCAGCAGAGAGCAGCUGUAGUGUUGCCUGUUUGAACUCCAUGACGUAUCCUGCUCCUUCUCUUCUUUCUACUCAAGAGUGUUCAUGUUUUUGUGUUUGUUUGUUUGGUUUUUAGAAUAUAAUUUUGAAUGAGAUUUUUUUCCCUUAAGAUUGUUAGCUGGGGGAAGUCCAGCUCAAUGUCAGGAGGCAUAUGGAGCAUCCAGCCAGUUUCCAGCACUCAGCAUCACCUGUCAGUCAGAGCCACAAAUCUAGUUUGAGCUGGAUGCUUCCUGAUGUCAUUAGCCAGACUGUUUGAUGUCCAUGUAUGACUCACCUCCCAUAUGUAAAUCACUGGUGUGGAAACUAGUCAUUAUGUUUCUGUGUGAGGCCUGAUGAUCAGUGUUGCCUUGGCUCAGACACUUGAAAUGAAAUAUAGGGUGACAUGAAACCAAGAGCAAACACUAACCUGGCCGUGGGAUUGUGACUUUGCUAAAAUGAAGAGUGGUAGUAUUUUGAUGCUUGGUGGGCGUUUUUAUUCCAGAGCUCAUAGGUCAGAUAUCGGGAGUGUGAAAUUCAUAAGCUAACGUCUGAGUUUACUUACUUAUUCCCACAAAAUCUCAUAUCUUGCUCAUCAUGUAUCUGUAGAAAAUGUAAUGGAAAUUGUUCUCCCGUGUUUUUCUUGAAUAAGGGAUACAACUUGGAUUUACAUGGUAAAGGGAUGACAGACACACUGCUCUGAUUUAUGAAUGAUGGCAGAUAUUACCUCUAAAGUUUGAUUAAGAAUGUAAAAUUUAUCAUUUCAUCAAUAAUAAAUAUUCAUCAAAGUA